AUGUUACACGAUAUGUUACAGAUGCGUCCUUACAACGUCCAGAACGUGGUGGAUAAUCUAAGGGGGCGAUUCUCCAAAAAGGUUGUGCUCCAGACGCUCACCGAGCUUGCAGACGACGGAUUGAUUGAGCGGAAGAUGUAUGGCAAAGUAGCCAUGUUUGUUGCUCUGCGACCGGGGAAAGGUGAGUCCCCCCAAAUAGAUCCGGCAGAAGAAAUGGAGCUCGAGAGUCUUCGAGACCGCAAAGCAGCACUGGAACAUCAAGUGCAAAUGCUGCGGAAAAUUGAACGGCAAAACCGUGUGGAUCCAGCCAUCAUUCUCCGCUCGCUGCGGGCACGUGUCCAAGCUUUAGACGAAAACCUUCGAGCUGUGAAGGCCCAGCUAGCAAAUGAGUUUCCUGACGUGGAAUUGGCAAGACUCCUCGCCUUGAAUGAAAAGUACACCAAGUUACAAUCCAUACGCGCGGCACUGACGCCGCCAGCGGAGCCCUAA